AUGCGAGGAUCUCAGAUUCUUAACGUACGAAGGUAUCAUGCAAUCGUUUGGCAGCGACGUUUUAUGGCGCUGGUGACCGUGCUCACCAUUAUUGCAAUAUUCAUAUUUAUUGCUGCGUUGGUGUUACCUGAUUGGGCAAUUAUAAAUUUUACGAAUUCACAGCAUGAGGCUGUACAAGUUCAAUUGGGUGUUUGGGGCGAGUGGCGGACAAUUAUAAACAAUUCGCUUAAAUCAGUAGAGUGGAUACCUCAUUUUCCAUCACCUCCAGCUAGUGUUCUGCGAUUAGCUGAUACAGAUUUGAAACAUUACUAUCGCGCUCAAAUAGCAUUCGGCAUCAUUUCACUACUGCUGAUGCUUUCGAAUAAUUCGUUGGCCAUCUACACGUUCUAUCAUCAUCGAUAUAUGUACAAACGAUUAGUUGCUUGCUUGCAUGCACUUACCGCGAUGUGCGUUGUUGUCAUGGUUGAAGUGCUCACGAACAGUGUUAACGAAUGGAAUAUAUCAGUGGCUGAACAAUCAAGGAUUGUCGGUUGGGACUAUUCGAUAGGUCAACGAAAUGGGCGUAGCACAUAUAUGGCGUGGAUUUGUGUGAUUGUUUAUGCGUUGGCAUCAAUAACGUUCGCAAUAAGUUCACAUAAGCAAAAAGGUUCACGUGCAGCAACUGCAGAAUUUGAAAUUGAAGAUAGACCAAUACACAUUGGAAGAUAG